GUGUCAGUGCAGGGACAUAACAUGUAAACAGCGAGUGGUUGCUAAAUAACAUCAGCUGCUAACGUCAGCUUCAUUAAAACCUGUGCUUUUUAAAGAAGUAUUAGGAAUGAAUCAAUGCUGAUCAGCUGGAAUUUUCUCUAAAGUCCUACUGUUUAUUAAAUAUCUAACUAGUCAGAAGCGGGAUCAGUGAGUUUUGAUUUUAAACGUAGCUAAGGAGCCAGCUACUGGUAACGUAGCUUUAGCUUGAUUACAGAAGUAGUCGGACAUGAAUUCCCUGGUUGGUUACGGAGUGUCCUCGGAGUCUGACAGUGAUGGAGAUGCAGAAGAUGCAAACAACGAAGCUGGUUGCGUCAAGGAGAAGGCGGAUGAGACAUCAGCUGCUAAACGGACCCGCAACUUCUUGUUGGAGCCUGGUUCAACUUCCAGUGAGUCAGAGAGUGAAUCAGAACCAGAGGAAGGAGACCCAGAGCCCUCGUCAUCAUCACCACAUCCUCAAACACCAGCAGGCGCUUGUCUUGGAGCUCAAAAGCUUCCUCCACCUUCCCUGGGCUCUAAUAAAUUACCUCCUCCUACUCUAAAUACUUGCUCUGACAGCAGUGUGUUUGCCAAUCCUUUUAAGGCUCAGGCGGACCAGAAGCUCAGCGCCUUGCAGAAACACGUCCCCCUCACAAUGCAGGCCAAACCCUCUCAGAUAGGAGGUAAAAGGGUGUGUGUGUCCUACAGGAAAGAUGGAAGGUGUAGGUUUGGGAUAAAAUGCAAGUUUGCUCAUGACAGUGACCUCCAGACCCCUGUCACCCCAGCUGACUGUAACCAACCUGGCAAUGAAGAAACACCAGCAUCUGAUCCAGUCAAGUCCAAUGAAAGCUGUUCAUCAUGCUGUGGGGGAUCCCAGACCUCUCAGCCAGAGAACGAAGAGGAAGAGUCAGGGGAGCAGCAGGUGAAGAAAAGGAGGGUUGGACUGAGUAACACCUUGAUUCCUCCCAAACGAGCUAUGAAACAGUAUAGCAUGCUCAGGGGCAGAGAGCAGAUCAAUAUGCCUUGAUGACUCAUUUCUUCUUCUUCUUUUUUAUAAAUAAAUUAUUGCACUGCGCUGUCACAAAGCAAUAGUAUUGAGAGGAAAUAUCACUCUUCACAGUGUUUGUGUAUUGUAAUGCAUUGAAGGUUUGCACUGUCUUUUGUAGGACCAAUGAAUGACUCAGGCACAUUUAUGCAUAUGUAGAUGCUUUUGUUCACAGUUACAUUUAACCCCCUCCACACAUACACAUGCCAAAAAGUGAUUCAUGGUUUCUGACAUGUGAAGAGGAGCGAGGUUGAUGGCUCCAUCAGCUAAAUAAUGGCAGUCCUUUAGUUCAAAUCAGUCAGUGUAUGUAGUUUAAGUGAUACCUCCAACAUAAUGAAUACAUACACCUUAGUAAAUGUUAAGACAUUUAUUUACAUCAUAUAAAGAAACUCUUUUUUUGUGUGUCUUCUACCACAUGUCCUAUAUCACAAAUCAGUGGUGCAGAUUUUAGUAUCAGCAUAAGUUCUAAGGUUUCUACACAGCUUUGCUAAUCAAAUUAUAGAACAUGUCAUAGGUUAUUGAAACAGAGUAUUUUAUUCAGUGACUGUGCUUGCUGCUGUUUCAUGGGUUCAUCAGUGAUUAACAAUGUUAGAAGUCACCGUUUGGCACCCUAUCAGAACAAGGACUUUAGUGAGUAGAAUAUAUAUCAUUCCAAUUCAUUUUUUCCUAACUUGAACCAAGAGCUAAAUUUAACAAAUAUCUGCACUUCUAUUACUAACGAAGGUUUAUGACACUGUCUAAAACUGGUAAAAAAUAUGCACAUUUUGUAAUUUUUACACAGUUGUGAACCAUCUUUUUUUUGUCGUUCAUGUCUCUCUUUACCUCCUUAGACUGUUUGAUGUCCUUGACCUUACCAAAUAAAGGCUGUACAGAA